CACGUACACUUCCCAUCACUGACAGGCAGCGCUGUGAAGCUUUUCCUUAAAUAGCGGCUGUACCCGUCGGCAGCGUGGGCACUCGUGCGUGUGGGGGCUUCUCUUGCACACUCGUUCUGCUAACCUGAAAGCUCUCGCUCACUUCCUUUCUAGAAGACCUCACAGUAACCCACCUCUGAGCUGAGGAGGUUUGAGGUUUACUGUAGCUGAGAACGAUGCAGCUGCGUCUUUAUUCCUGCUACAGUAAAAUGCACUGUACGUCUGCAGAGCCUUAUCGCUUGGAUGAUCUGACCACGAUGGGUCCAUGGCCAGUGUGUCUGGUUCUGCUGCUACCACUGACCAUGUGCUCCGACAGAGAAGCUACUAUUGUUCAAAGAGCAGUGGGAGAACACUUUGUGACUCCACUGUGCUCCAACGCUACAAAGCAAAACGACAAGAUAGAAGUUGUCGUUCUGGUAACGUGCAGCAUCAGGAGACUGAGCAGCAGAGAAGACUGUCGUCUGCUGUAUCGUCAUGAAAAAGGCUUUGAACAUGGAUGUGGCUCCAGGUUCAGACUCAAAGCAGAGAAUCACACUAUACUUCUCCAUCUGACCAGUUUAACAGCAGAGGACAGUGGGAACUACUCCUGUGAAUGUUCACGUCUUAGUGGAACAAUUAGGCUUCAAUUCAAUGUCACUGUGGAAGAGAACGAAGACCUCAGCACAGAUGACAACUUUGAAGUGCAGCAAACACUGGUUAUUAUUCUGGUAAUAACCAGUGUUUGCUGUGUAGCUGUAUUCAUCAUUAUAACUGGAUUGUUCCUGAGAUGUUGCUUUAGGAGAUCGUCACAAAGACUAACUGUUCUUCCAAACACGGAGCUAGAGGAACCUGAGCCAUAUGACACCUUUAUACAAAGAGAGAAUGAACUUUAUUCAGAUGUUGUAAUGACACAAAUGUACAUUUAGGAACACAAUUUAAACUUUAUAGUUCCUUCCAUGUAAAGCCGUUUUCCUAGAACAAAAUAAUGGAUAAGGUUUUAUUGAAAGUGUGUCUCAUUCUAAAAUGAGUCUGAAAGAAUAAAGAAACAUUAAUGUAGAGCCUGCAGAAUUGAUGCAUUAAUUGAUGUAACAAAUAUGAAUAAACUAAGUUGACAUA